AAUUUCUCAGAGAUCAAAUUAUAUUUGAAUAAAACAAUGUUUCAGGAAUGCUAAUCUUAUCUGUUGGUGAGUGUCGAAAUCCUCUUGUGCUUUUUGAAGUGGAACGACCCAAGAGAGAGACAUGAAGAAAGGGCCAGAUGAUGGUGAGUUUUGUCUGGAGUCCCAACAGUCUGUCCUUUAGGGGAAAGACAGAUGCGGGAAAAAGAGGGAGAAAGAAAAACAUGAGAGGAGGGGCUCGGGAGAUUGCUGCUCUUGGCUGUGAAACACCUACCCACUCACAGACAGGCUCUGUCUCCCCGCCCACUCCAUUCUUGUGUGUGUGUGUGUGUGUGCUGCAGAUGUUUUUGUGUGGCGGCUGCUCUGGCUUUUCUGUCACCGCGCAGAGCUGAGAGGAGGAGGAGAGAGCAGCGCAGCAGAGAGAGAGAGCGAGAGUGCGUCCGUGUGCUUGUGUGUGCUAUGCAGGGAUUGCUCUGUCUGGCUGCUGGUGAUUUGGUAGGAGCUUUUGGUGUGUUUAUGUAGACAUCCACCAUUCUGCUGUUGGUUGCGUGUUUAGGUCAGUAAGCCAUCGAGGAGGAGCUCUCAUAAGGUAGAUUGCAUGCUGUUUGCAUUUGACUGCUGCAGGAGACCGCCAGGAAAGGAGGGAGCGGGAAGGGGGGAGAUCGGGAACAAGUGAAAGAGAGAGCUGUUACCCUCAAUGUGCAUUGGUCUGUUUAUCUUCUCUACUGCUUGCUAGUGUUUAGCUGUGUGGCUGAUGCGGCAUGUGUCUAUGAGUCAGGCUGAAGCCAUACUGUAAGUGAGGUCACAGCGCUGUAGUGGAGGAGACAAUGCUGGUAAUGAAUGUUCUCUCUGCGUAGGGGACGGACGGUGAGGUCAGCUGGGCUGCUGUGUUCUGAGCAUCAGACUCUGAAUUCCUCUACAGUGGAGGAGCUCCUGGUGGCUUUGUUUCGGUUGCCUGGCGGGACAGAAACAACGGUCUGAUUCAGUGUGGUCUGUGUCAGCCAGAGGCACAAUGCAUGUGUGAGCUGAGCUUGGCAGGUGGCAGGAUUAGUGCUAGAUGUAGUGUGACUGUGGACUGGACACAGACCAUUCAUUCACACAUACUCUCACAUACAGGAGAGUUAGGGACUUAUCACUCGUUCGAUUUCAGUCAUUACAUGCAGCAUUAGAGCAGUGAGUCUGUUAGGCAGGCAGGCAGCUCUCCUUACACCUCAGGCUGCCAUUCCAUUACAGCAGUGUGCUUUUCGGGACUGAGACUCCGAUUUGCUUUUUGUAGCCAGCUGUGGAGCCCCUUGAUUCUCAUACCUGGCUUAUGGUUGAGAGGAAAGGUAUUAUAUCCUUGGUUUGCAGAGGGAUAGAGCCCCUAAGCUAUUUGAGAUAGUGAAUUCAGCAGGACUUUGGAAGACAGGCAUUGAGAUUGAGAUUGGAUCCGCUUGUAAAGCAAGAGCACGGCCAUUGAUAGGUCUUGUGAGGGGUAUAGCAAAGACUCAGUGGUGUGUGAAAUUGGUUGAGGGAUAGUGUGUGUUGGACAGUGUGUCAGAUAGUGUGUGUGUGUCCAUUCUCUCACGCGUAAUGCUGUGCCCAGCGUCCUGCCUGCCUCUCCUAAGGGACCUGGCUCAGUGGCGCUGCCUGCUAGGGUGGCACCGCCAACACGGGGUCAGUGCAGGGGUCACUGCAGGGGCUGGGCCGGGGUCAGAGGUUGGGGUUGGGGGAAUGAAUCGGCCCGUCUGCCUCACCAAACCGCAACAUGGGAGCAAGUAUGCGUCAGCCGGAUGCCUGCUGUCCCUCCACCACAGUGAGAAGCCUGAUCACGAGGAGGUGUGUGAGUUCCGUCCCUACACCUGCCCGUGCCCCGGGGCCUCCUGCAAGUGGCAGGGCUCCCUGGAGGCCGUCAUGCCCCACCUGAUGCACGCCCACAAGUCCAUCACCACCCUGCAGGGAGAGGACAUCGUCUUCCUGGCCACAGACAUCAACCUGCCGGGGGCCGUGGACUGGGUCAUGAUGCAGUCCUGCUUCGGCCACCACUUCAUGCUGGUCCUGGAGAAGCAAGAGAAGUACGAGGGCCACCAGCAGUUCUUUGCUGUGGUGCUGCUCAUCGGAACGAGGAAGCAGGCCGAGAACUUCGCCUACCGCCUGGAGCUCAACGGGAACCGGCGGCGCCUCACCUGGGAGGCCACGCCCCGCUCCAUCCACGACGGUGUGGCGGCCGCCAUCAUGAACAGCGACUGUCUGGUGUUUGACACGUCCAUCGCUCACCUGUUCGCCGACAACGGCAACCUGGGGAUCAACGUUACCAUCUCCAUGUGCUGAGCGGCUCAGAUGUGGAAACACAGACCCACAGGCUUCUCUCGUUUUCAGACUUACACAUGUGGUGGGCAGAAACCGGUGCACAGUGACUGACUGCUGUGCUGUACCUGCCUCCUGUGUGAUGCAGUAGACUGUGUGUGAGAGGAUAGGUGGGAUAUGGAGAGGAUGUGUGUGUUUUGCUGCUUGAGGCUCGUUGGCUCCCCAUAAUGCUUGAAUGGAGACUGGGCUGUAGAGUAGUUUCAGGGUUAGGGUGUUUGCCUGUCCUCUCAUAAUGCUUGAAUGGAGACUGGGCUGUAGAGUAGUUUCAGGGUGUUUGCCUGUCCUCUCAUUGUGUGUGCUGGAGACAGUGUACAGUAACCUACAUGCGGUGGGCUUUUGAUGACUGAUGCUCUACCCGCCCCCAGGACCCCUCCUCAACCGCUCCCACCCCACUCACCCCUACCUCCUCUUCUGCCAACCAGUGCCAGGCAAGAAGGACACUGCCAGUGUAAGAAAGGGCGGUCAGUCAAUUGGCUGCCACACAGCGGUAUUCAGAGAACCUCCACUUCAUCCGUGAAUAGCCCCUGCAGAUGCCGCUUCCUAAUCCUCACAGCGAAUUAAGUUUCAGUAAGUUGGUCAGUGGACCAAUCAGGCCUCAGACGCAUAUGGGCAGAGUCGGGACCUGAGAGUGACCAAUGUGCUGCCUCAGUCUGGGUUAGUGUGAGCUAAGCCGGGGUUGUUCAUGCCCUCCUAAAGGACUGCACUGACUACUAACCAACUCCUUACUUUUCAGAACCGCAAAACUCAACCGUUUUCAUAAUUAGGCUGUCAAUUAUAAGCCCAACCCUGGUGUGUAUAAUAAUAUUGGUGAUCGGUCCUGAUCUGAUUGGAAGUAAAAGACUGCAUGUAUGUCCGCCAUGUAGAAUAAAGACACUGAUCAGGUGUUUUGGUUGUAGGCUCUCGUCAUAAUGCAUCAUAAAGGUUGCAUAAUGCCAUCGUAAGCAUGGUAUCAAACCGGUCAUAAGCACUUUUUGGUGAAACCCCAGGGCCUAGUUAUUCACAUGGAUUCUGUAUUACAAUACAAACAACAAAGGCACAUUACUUCUCCAAAGUCACACGCUCUGUUGCAUAAAACUCUUAUAGAUUUGAAGGUUAGUCCCUUUCUUUUUUUUUUUAACCCUUUUUCUCCCCAAUUUCGUAGUAUCCAAUUGUUGUAGUAGCUACUAUCUUGUCUCAUCGCUACAACUCCCGUACGGGCUCGGGAGAGACGAAGGUUGAAAGUCA